UUUGUGUAAACUCGUUGUGCGUCCGGCUUUCUACAUCGCGCCGAAUUUUAUUUGUGAUGUGAACAGAAUUAAAAUUUGUUUUUAAUAAAAAAAAAAAAAAGUACAACCAUCAUUAUUAAAUAAACAAAUAAACAAAAGUAUGUUUGUCAUUUUAAACAAUAAAUUUUAAGUAAUUAUUAAUAUGCAAUUCAAACAAUUAAAAAUAGAAAUUUGAAAUUAUUAGUAUUUAUUUUGAGAUGUAGAAAAAGUUGGAAAAAAAAAAAAAAAAAAAAAGAAAUAAAAGUUUGUCGUGUACACAAAAAUUAUAUUUGCGGCGUUUUUUUUGUUACCGCGUGAUUUUCAUUGUUUGUGUAUUUUAUUGUUGUUGCGUAGAUAAGAAAAUUUAAUUAAAUAAUUUAUUGACUAUAAUUUUUAUUAUUUGAUAUUGGUUUGAUAAGUAAUUGAUAGUUAACGAUUGGCUCCAAAAAAACGAAUUAUUAUCAAAUAAACUGAUUGAUCAAUAUGGAGGCAGAAAUACCUUCAGUUGUCAUGGAGGAAGCAUCAAAUGAAGUUUCUGAGACAGUUGAAGGUAAUGGAAUAGCUGUGGUUUCAGAAACAAUUGAUUCUUCAAUGAAUCAAGAAAAAGAUAAUCUGACAGCUGAUGAACCAUCGAGUGUAAAUAAUGACAGUUCAACAAGCAAAAAAAUUGAUGAAGAAGUACAUACUGAUGAUCCACCAACUGUUGAAUUGCAAAAUGACAAUGACCACAGUGAUGAAAAUGUUGAUACAUCAAAAAGACUGAGUGAUGUUACAGUAAGUGAUGAGGAUAAAAAUGAUAAGAGUGAUAAGAAUAAAGAUGAUGAAAAUAAUAAGGAUAAAGAAGAUGAACAAAAUAAAAAUAAAGAAGAUGAUAAUAAUAAGAAUAAAGAAGAUGAUAAUAAUAAGGAUAAAGAAGAUGAACAUAAUAAAGAUAUAGUUGAUGAAAAUAUUAAAGAUAUAGUUGAUGAAAAUAAUAAAGAUGUAGAUGAUGAAAAUAAUAAAGAUAAAGAUCAUUCAAGCAAACAAGUUGAUGCUAAUGAAACUUCUGUUGAAAUUGAGGAACCAGUGAUACCAACUCCAAGUGAUAUUUCAACAGUAAAUGAAGAAGAACCAAUGGAAAUUGUUAAUGACGACAUAAUUACUGAAAAUGAAAAAUCAUUGGAUAAUGUAAUUGAAAAAGAAUCAACAGAACCAGUUUUAAUUGAAGUAGAUGAAAAUGAUAAAACUGUCGAAGAAUCUACACCUCAAUCAUCAAAAGAUAUUGAAAAUGAACAAUCAGAAGAAAAAGAAAAAAAUAAUGAUGAUAAAGAAACAGAAGAUGUUAUUGAUUCAUCAGUAACAUCAACAACAACGACAGUUACCAAUUUAGAUGUUCAAGAAAAAGAUGAUUUACCAGAAAAAAAUAAUUCUGAAACAGAAAACACAGAAUUUGUACAAAUAUUACAUGAUAAAAAUGAAGAUUCACAUACUGAGGGACAAUCAAAUGAUGCUGAAGAUCCAUUUGGAGGUGAUAGUUUAGUAACAGAUAAUAUCAGUGCAAUGGAAACUGAUAAUGCAAGUGAUAGCUUUGGUAAUCUUGGUGAUCAGGCUGAUAAUCUUCAAGAUGUUGUUAAUGCAAAAUCAUCAGCUGAAGAAAAUACAAAUAAAACUGAUGAGACAAUUGAAAAACCAAGUACAUCAGCAGCAACUGAAAUAACAAUUCCAGUAGAAACUGUUGAUGAAGAAACAACAGAAAAAAAUAAAGAAAAAACAAUUGAAGUUUUUGAUAUUAUUGAAGAUGAAGAGAGUUGUAUGGAAAUUGAAAAAACAACAACAACAUCAUCAACAACAACAACAACAUCUACUACUACUGCUGCUACUACUACUGCCACUACUGCCACUGCUACUACUGAUACUACUGUUACUACUGCUACUACUCCAAAUGAUGAAAAUGAUAAAAAUGAUGAUGAAAAAACAAAAGAAUCAAAUGAAAAAGAAACUAAUAAAGAUAAUAAUGAAAAAAAUAUUGAUGAAGAUCAUAAUGUUACACCAGUUGUAACAUCAAGUGAAGAACAGACAACAGUUUUACCUGGUCAAGAUGAUGAAUUAUGUAUCGUACCAGACAGCAUGAAAGUUGUAAUACCUCAACCAUCUCCAGCUAAAGAAAAAGAUAAAGAAAAAGAUGAAAAUAAAUCAAAAGAUAAAGAAGAAGAAGAAAAAGAAGGAGAAAAAAAUAAAGAUAAAGAUAAAAUAAAUUCUGAUAAACCAGAAAAAGAAAUUGAAAAAAUAAUUAGCUUAGAUGAUAAAAAUAAAGAAAAAAAAACAUCUGGUGUAUCAGUAAUAAGUGCAGCAAAAAGUGGUAUACCAUCAACAUCAGAAAAUCAAAAAAUGAAUAAAUCAACAUUAGGUAUUAAAGUAAAUAUUCCAAAAAUAAGAAAUGUCAUUUCUAUUGAUGAAGAUAAUGAAGCAUCAAAAGAUGAUGAUGUUGUGACAAUUGAAAAAUGUAGACAAUGUAAACAACAAAAACCUUGUAAUAUAAAAGUUACAUUAGGUACUGAAACAGCAAAUGUUUGUUCAAAAUUAUGUCAAGCAAAUUUUUUGGGUGGUAGUAGUGCAACAUCAACAGAUGCAACAACUGAUGGUUCAAUAUCAAAAUAUGAAAAACGUUGUGCAACAUGUUUAUUAAUUGUUGAAACAGAUGGUGAACGUAAUUUAUCAUGGGAAACAAUGGAAUUUUGUAAUGAAGAAUGUUUAGGUAAAUUUCAAACAAAAUAUGGUAGUUAUUGUAGAAAUUGUAAAGGUCCAGUAUUACCAACAAGUUUGGGUAAAUAUUGUGUUAGAUUUGGAUAUGAUGUACGUCAAUUUUGUUGUUCAGUAUGUCUUGAAGAAUUUAAAAAAGGUCUUAAAGUAUGUAGCUAUUGUCAAAAAGAUAUUAGUUCUGGUGCUGAUGGAUUUUUAGCACCAGUUGGUGAUAGAGGACAAUUUAAAGAUUUUUGUACACAAACAUGUAUGGAAAAAUAUUCAAAAUUAAAUUCAACAGAUGCACCAGUAAGUGAAAAAAAAAAGUGCAGUGUUUGUCAAGUUGUUGCAACAGUACAUUGUGAAGUACAAAUUGAUCGUGGUACACCACAACCAAUGUGUGGUGAUCCAUGUUUAGCUGCAUUUAAAUUUGUUAAUAAAGUUAAUCCAGAUCAAUGUUCAACAUGCAAAAAAUAUUUUGAAGUUAUUAAUAAAAAAAAUACAGUUGUUUAUUAUAAUAAUGAACCACAUACAUUUUGUAGUAAAAGUUGUUUAAAUAUAUUUAUCAUAUCAAAUCGUAAAAUUGUACCAUGUGAUUGGUGUAAAGUUAAAAAAUAUAAUUUUGAUAUGAUUAAAAAAGAUUUAAAAAGUGGUGGUAUUGUUAUGAUGUGCAGUUUAAAUUGUUUAACACUUUAUCAAGUAUCAAUUAAUGCUGUAUCAGCUAAAAAAAUUAAUUGUGAUUUAUGUAAAGAAUUUCAACAAGCACAAUAUCAUUUAACAAUGUCAGAUGCAACAAUUAGAAAUUUUUGUUCAUACAAUUGUGUUAUGAAAUUUCAAGGACAAUAUACUAAAUCACCAAUAACAAUACCAAUUGGUGAUGAUACAUCAUCAUCAACACCACCAGUUGUACCAACUGGUACACCAAAAAGAACUUAUCCUGGUAAACAAACAACACAACAACAACUACAACAUCAAUAUCAACAACAACAGCAACAACAUCAUCAACAAUUGACUGGUAAAAAAACAACUGAAACAAUGACACCAACAACACAAAAUUCAUCAUCAAAUACCAAUAGCAAUAAUACCAGCAAUAAAAAAACAAUGCCAGUUAUAUCAUCAGUAUCAAGUUUAGCAGCAAUGUCAUCAUCAAAUGGUUUAACAAAUUCAUCAAUAACACAAAAAACAUCAAAUACAACAUCAACAACAACAACAACAACACAUAAUACAACAAUGCCAACAUCAACAUCUGUUGGUACACAAUCACAAAUUAUUUAUAAACAUCAAGUUAUAACAAGACCAACAAGUCCAGUACAAAUAUCAAAUAAAAUGACACAAUGUAAACCAUUAAUGCAUACAAAAGGUGUAUCAGUACGUCCACAUCCAUGUGUUAAAUCAACACAAACUGAUGAAGUACAAAAAAUAUUAGUACCAAUACCAGUACCAAUUUAUAUACCAUUUCCAGUACAUAUGUUUUCAUUUCCAGUUCCUAUACCAAUGCCAUUUCCAAUUCCAAUACCUGUACCAAUAUUCAUUCCAACAACUCGUAAUAGUGCAAAAGGUAUAUUUAAAGAAAUUAAAAAAAUACAAGAAAAAUUGCCAACAGAUCCAUUUGAAGCUGAACUUGUUAUGAUGGCUGAAAUGGCAGAAAUGGCAACUGAUAAAAAAAGUGAUAAUCCUGAUAUAGAUUCAGAUUCUGAUUCUGGUGAUAAUACUGCACCAGAACUUGGUGAACCAAUGAAUAAUACAUUUGAUACUGAUGCUGAUGCUGAUGUCGAUGAUAAUGAUAAUAAUGGUGAUACAUUAACAGAUAAUUUAAAUUUAUCAUAUAAUAAUUUAGAAAGUACUAGUGAAAAUCAAGAAACACCUGCUGAAGAAGAUCUUGAAGUAACAUUAGCUAAAAAUACAAUAACAGCACCACCAACAUUAUCACCACCACCAUCAUCGAUAAUACCAGAAUUAUCAGCACAAGAAAUAAAUGAAACACCACCAAUACUUCAAGAUGAUUCACAAAUACUUGAUAAAACUAUGGAAAUUACUUCUGAUGUAUCAACAAUUAAUUCAAUUAUUGAUCCAUCAAUUGAUGAAUCAAAACCAGAAGAUGAUCAACAACAAGAACAACAACAACAACAACAAAAACAACAACAAAAUAAACGUAGUACAUCAUCACAAAAAGGUAAAAAAAGAACAGUUUCAACAAAAUCAAGAUCAACAUCAACCAAAAGAAAUCGUAAAUCAAGUAGUAAAGAUAAUAUUAAUAAACAAACACUUGCUACCAAUAUACCACCAACAAAUCAAGAUAAUAAUUCAUUACGUACAAUUGAUCAAAUUGAAAAACCAGAUGCUAAUAUGGCACUUAAAUAUACAUUUGGUGUUAAUGCAUGGCGUCAAUGGGUUUCAAAUAAAAAUAUUGAACUUGAAAAAAAAUGUACAUCAACAAGAAAAGUAAAAUUAUUUAAAACUGAAUUAUUACAAUUAACAGCUGAUGAAUUAAAUUAUACAUUAUCAUUAUUUGUAAAAGAAGUUAGAAAACCAAAUGGUGCUGAAUAUGCACCAGAUACAAUUUAUUAUUUAUGCUUAGGAAUACAACAGUAUCUAUUUGAAAAUAAUAGAAUAGAUAAUAUAUUUACUGAUACAUAUUAUGAAAAAUUUACUGAUUGUCUUGAUGAAAUAACAAGAAAAUUUUCAGUACUAUAUAACGAUGCACAAUAUAUUGUAACAAGAGUUGAAGAAGAACAUUUAUGGGAAUGUAAACAACUUGGUGCUCAUUCACCUCAUGUACUUCUUACUACACUUAUGUUUUUUAAUACAAAACAUUUUAAUCUCGUCACUGUUGAUGAACACAUGCAAUUAUCAUUUUCACAUAUUAUGAAACACUGGAAAAAAAAUCCAGCUGCACAAGCUUCUGCUGUUGCUAACAAAGCACCAGGAUCAAGAAAUAUACUUUUACGUUUUUAUCCACCUCAACCAGCACAAGGUGUAAAUUCCAAAAAGAGAAGGGUCUAUGAACAACAAGUAAAUGAAGAAAAUCCUUUGAGAUGUCCAGUCAAGCUUUAUGAAUUUUAUCUAUCAAAAUGUCCUGAGAGUGUAAAAACACGCAAUGAUGUAUUUUAUCUUCUACCUGAACGAAGCUGUGUGCCAGAUAGUCCAGUCUGGUAUUCAACUUCACCACUUGCUGAAGAAAAUCUUGUAAAAAUGUUAAAUCGAGUUAAAAUUGUCAAAGAAAUUAACGUUGCUCUUUUAAGCAGUUAAAAUCUCGGUAAAAAAACUUCCUUGUGCGUUGUGCCUCAUUAUUAUUUUAAUUUUUCUUUUUUAUUUUAAUUAGUCAAGCAUUUAAAAAUAACUAAAAAGAAUUAAAAUUUUAUAUAGGCAAAGAAAGAGGAUACACCAAAAUAACUUGUGUAAAAUUUUUAUACUCGAAAAAAAAAAAAACAAACUUUGAU